GCGAGACAGGGAGCAUUCAGUAAAAAUAUGGCCGCUUUACGGCCUGAGCCCGAAGAAAGCCUGGACGACCAGUGCAAUAACAGCGAUUUCCUGGAAGAAAAACGCGAAGAAGUUGAAGGCGAGGGUACAGCAGGUGAAGCCCCGGAGUCCCGAGAGGAUUUAUUUCAAGAAAAUGCCGAGGCCAAAGAACCGAAAGAGUGUGCACAGGCGCUGAGCAGCUCAUCCGCUCAUUGCGGCUUUGUACGAAACGGAGAGUCAAACCCGAGCCGUGAAUGUGACUCAGCAGCGCCUCAGGGACGCACCGUUUCCCCGGAGGAGGAUGUUGGGCUCGCGUGGUCCGAGUCAGAAGAGGAGCUGGGUUCGAGGACGUGCAGCUUCUCGGGUAAAGAAGGCGCGGGGCAUGAACAACAUCAAGGGACCCCAGAACACCAGACAACAGAAGACCUCGGCUUAGAUACUGGGAGUACCAUAGGACAUGAAGAUCCUCUAGCACAAGAUGAGGAAGAAGAACUGACAGAUCUGAGUGUAGAGAUGGAGUGUGAUGGUGACUCUAAGGAGGGAGAAGAGGAAAAGGGAGAGGAAAUGUCAGAAGAGGAAGAAGAAGAAGAAGAACCCAAAGGUGAAGUGCAAAGUAAAGAACCUGAAGAAGGAGAGGACAGGGGGACGGGGGACGAUGAGGAGUGCCACGAGGUGGCUGAUGUGGAUAAGCAGCGGAAAAACCGCCUGAGCUGCCGUGACUGCGGCAAAAGCUUCACUCGACGAGAGACGUACGACCUCCAUCGCCAUUUCCAUAUGCAUCAAGAUGAGCAGGCUUCUCUCACCUGUAAAGAAUGUGGCCUCACCUUUCAGCAUCGCAGCAGCCUCAUCAAGCACCGCAGUGAACACAAACAAAAUGGUGUGCCAGAUUCAACACUGGUCUCUUAUAAGCGUUCUCAGCUAAGGGAGUUCAGGGAAGAAAAGAUAUUUGAAUGUGAACAUUGUGGUGAUUGUUUUACAUCUCUGAUCCGAUAUAAGCUUCAUGCCUGCCAGCAGAGCCUGGAGAAGCCUUACCGCUGCCCACUGUGCCGCAAAGAGUUCCAGUACAGAGUGUCCAUCAAUGCUCACAUGCAGAGUCAUUCAUUAGAGUGCCCUUACAGGUGCCUUGAAUGCAAUAAGGGCUUUCAGUGUGCUGUGACCUUGCACAUCCAUCAGCGCUCCCAUGCUGCCCUCAAACCUUACGAAUGCCCUGAUUGCGGCAUGGUCUUCAGGCACCGCUCGUUCAUGGAGGACCAUCGCCGCAAGCACACUGAAGAAAGACCACAUCGGUGCACCAUAUGCGGCAAAAACUUCAAAUACAGCAGCCUUUUGCAACAGCACCAAUACCUUCACACUGGCCAGAAGCCAUACCGUUGUACAGAAUGUGGGAAGAGAUUUGCAUUUGCGCAGAAUAUGCGUGCACAUUGUCGCCAACAUAAGAAACUCCCUAGUUCUAUUGGUUUCGAGGCAGCUGUUCCAGAAAAUAAAGAAAUGCCCAAUGGCACAGGUUUAGGAUCUGUAGGAAAAGAGAACACCAAUACAAACAUAGAGCAUCAGCGCAACUGUCCACUUUGUCCUCAGCUCUUUGACAAAGCAGCUGACCUAAGGGCCCAUAUAUUGACCCAUGAGGCAGAAUAUGAAAAUUUGAGUAAUGGAAAAAAAAAUUACAAGGUGUACUCUUGCCCCAAUUGUCCUCUCCAGUUCUUGGAUGAAUCCACCUUCCAGUCUCAUGUCUUGACUCAUCAGGUUAUAGCAACUCCAAUGAAGAGGGAGGUUCUCAGUGUAGCAAGCUCGGCUAGUGCUGAUAACAUUUCAGCAGAUGGAGAAUGCGGAGACCAGACAGAAAAAAAACCUUUAAGAUGCAGAGACUGUGGUAAAAGCUUUCGUUACCGUUCUGUUUUAGAGCUUCACAUGCGCAUACACAACAGGGGUUACCAGUGUCAUGUUUGUAAAAAAUCAUUCCGAUUCAGCAGCUAUUUACAGCAGCACUUGAUCAUCCAUUCUGGCAAGAAGCCAUACAAGUGCCCUGACUGUGGAAAGGACUUUGCAUUUCUUCAGAACAUGAAGACUCACCAGAGACUGCAUCAGCAGAAACCUUUUCGCUGCACACAGUGUCGCAAGGGCUACAGUGAUGAGAGUCAGUUACAGCGCCACAUGCUUUGCCAUUCAGGAGACAAGCCUCACAAAUGUAACAUCUGCAACAAGAGUUUUGGUUUAGCGUACCUACUUCGUGACCAUCUGAACACCCACACAGGGGAGAGGCCACAUCGUUGCCAAGAGUGCCAUAAAUCAUUCCCCUGGCUCAGCAGUCUCCUUGUUCAUCAAAAAAUACACGCACGAAAACGUCAAGGAGCAGGCCAGUCCUACACUUCGACUAUUGGUUCCCAAAGAGGGAGGACAAGUGCUGUUGGUAGGGGCAGGAAAAGUGGUAAAUGGGUUUCAGGUUGGCCAAGAAUGGGAGGAAAUGUGGACAGGGCAAUGCCGUUGCAACAGGCUACUUUUAAUGAUCAGAGUUUGCAGGGUUCAGUGUCGAACUUAUUGGGGCAAGAGUCUAAUGUUUUUGAUUCGGAUAGGAAUGAGCAAACUCAGGUUAUGCCUAUUCAGUUGCAACAGCAGUGGCAAAUUCAAAUUCACUCACAGCUACAACAGUCAAAAUGGUUAUCUGAAGGACAUUCUAAUAAUUUCAGGCACCAGUGGCAAUCAGCGACACAUCUCAAACCUAUCUUGCCAAAACCAGAUGGUCUCCCCAAGCUUGUAUCACAACAGCAGAGUCCUGGCUGGGCUGAGGUGACACCAUCGAGUCAAGCUGGACCAGCUCCUAAACAGCUUCCAGAGAACUGCACAGCACAAAAUAACUGUGACACGGCUUCAACUAGCACAUCAUCUCCUACUAGGGGCUGUACAGAUGGCCCAUCCAAGAGCGAAGCGAAGGUGCAGCAACAACCUCCUUCGUGGCGUAAUUCACCGUCAUCAACUCCAAAGUCACCAGGCACUGCAGAUGGGUCUUUAUCAGUGGAUGCGAAGACAUGUUCAUCGGUGUCAAACACUCAGAAUUCUCCAAAUAUUCAAGGCCAGCAAUCAUCACAGUGGCCAGUCUCCGAUUUAGCCCAAAACACUAACAUGGGACUUGGUUCAUCAGGAAACGUAAUUACUUUUAGCUUAAAAACACCAGCAGACACGCAGCAGGUUGAUACAGAAUCCGAUAAACCUGAGCAGCCACAAUUACAACAGUCGUCUACUCUAGCCAGUGCAACGAGUUCAACCCAAACGAGGCAAAAUACAGAUGUGGUAGAUGACUGUGCUGCUCUUAAAAAUGAUAGUAAGCCUUUGAAUAUCGUAACUCCUCUUGAAACGUCGAAGAGUGUAAACUCCCAAGAAAAACCUGUGACUGAAACAUCGGCUCAGCAACCACAGCUCCAUAUAAUGCCACCUCCAUCAAAGCAGCAACAUCAGCAAUUGCAGUUGGUCUUGCAACCACCACAGCAAAUUCAGCUUCUACAGCAGCCAGUACCACAGAUGCAACCUGAACAAUUACAGCUUAUUCAGCAACAGCAGUUUCAUCAGCCCCAAACGAAUCCAUUAGGAUCAGUGAGUGUUCAGUUUGGCACAACUCCUUUCACUCAUGGGAAUGGAAACGCAGUGUUUGGCUUCCAGACCACUUCAGUUGUUUCCCAAGCUCUGUUAAAUGGACCAGUGCAGCAGCAGCAGGGGCCACAGCAGCAAGCACCCUCUCAAAUCCUAUUAAAUCAGGCCUCUCCUUUUAUUACCUCACCACUUCCCCUGGCACCUCCUCUUGCAUUGCCAGGUCCUCACCCCAUCCAUUCCAUAGCAGGGCAACUUCCGGGUCCAGCACCUCAGAACAUCUUCUUCAGUCCACCAGGCAUAAUGAAUGAGAGACCAGUAAUGCCUCAGGCCUUGCCCUCAACUCAUGUAGGACAACGAACUGAACCGAACAAACUUAUCAGUCAGAUUUCGUUUGCCACAGAUCACCGUUUUCGUUGCAUGAUCUGUGGUUGCACAUUACCUGGAGAACUAGAAUUACAGGUGCAUUAUAUGCAACAUGUACAAGGUGAGGUCUGAUUUUAACAUCCCACAACACCCCUAAAGUUUCUGGCUGUUAAUGUGCCAAAAGGACUGUUGUACAUGAUUCCUGUUAAGUCAUUUUCCUCAAUUCUGAAUUUCUCCUUAUAUUCUGACUGCGUGAGAUGUGAAGUGACCAUCAGUAAUUAGUCAGUUAAUGAAAAUGACAUUUGCAACAUCUUCGGCAUGUACAGGUUCAAGUACUUACCCGAGUUUAUUUCACUUUGCAAUGAAUUUAUCACCCGUGUUAAACUUACUUAGAUUUUUCAGUAGUUUUAAUUUUUGAUUUUAUAAUUCCCGGUUCUAAUGUUGGAUCAUGCAUUUUUCCCUUCACGUUUAGUGCUUUAUACAAACCCAGGCUAAUUAUCUCAUCCUGUAAUGACACAUUGCACUUAUUCAUUAAAGUUGCAUGGAAACAAUUACAGAUUUGAGCGCAGAUUUGACUGCCAUACGCGUAGAUCUGUGUCUGAUCCGUGAAACUGUCAUACUGCAUUCCAAAGAACCAUGUUUUUGUUGGUGUUGUGACAGUGAAUCAAUAAAAGAAAUAGAUUUAUCAUGCUAACCAAGAAAAAGAGGGAAAGGAAUCAGUGAAGCCAAGUUGGAGCUGCUUUUGUCCAAAGUUGGCCGAAAUAAAAAGUUUUAAGGUCAAAAUCAGGUAUAAAACUGAACUGUUUUCCAGCCUCACCUGUAUUUUAUGGCAGUGUUUUUAUUCAUUCUUGGUCAGAUUAGGCCCAAGUUAUAUUUAAUUAGUAUAAAUACGGAAGGUGAUUAUAGAAAAUCACGCGCGUUGAUUGGUCGAGAAAUUCAGACUAGUUCUCACUAAUCACCUCGAGUGACUCGGCAAAAUGGCAGCCAAUCGCUUUGUCAUCGUGAGUGAGGAAGAAUUACAAAUUCAGAAAGAAAAGGCUGUUCCUGAAAGCACUAAAGAUGCUAUUCAAAGGUAAGGUUGAAUUGUGAUCUAUUUUAUCAGUUUCAAAACAAACUUCUUUUAUGUGAGUCGGCACAGAUAAGUGACAAGUCUGCGCCGCACCAUUAUGACAUUUGCAUGACACUUUUGAAGUUUGAAAUAGUUUUUUAAAAUAAUCGUGUAUUUAUACUAAAACAAUUAUCCGCCUCAGACUUGGUGAAUAUCUGUGAAUAAUAACCUUGACUUCGGCUGUUAUUCACCGCUAUUCACUUCGCCUUUGGCGAAUAAUUGUUAAUUAGCUUUAUUUUUAAAUAGAUGAGCAUGUAUUUGCUCUGAACAAAUAAACAACUUUUUUUUAACACUAAAAUAAUUUUUUUUUUUUUAUCAAACACUAUGAUGAUGAUUACCAAAAUGAAUCAAGUCAUGCCUGAUGUGGUGGGUCUUGAUAUGAAAUUGUGUAAUAAACUCACAAUAAUAUUAAAGUGUCUUUGAAUAUCCAGCCUGUCCAAGACACUACGUCCAGGACAGAGCUUUAUGGUGCCUCUUGAACAUAGUUAUGCAUAUAAAUUUCUUCUACUCCUCAACUUCCUAUAUGUUAUACAACCCCAAUUCCAAAAAAGUUGGGACGCUCUGUAAAUAAAAAACAGAAUGCAAAUUGUGGAAACCCUAUAUUUCAUUGAAAAUUGAACAAAGACAACAUAUCAAAUGUUAAAGCUGAAAAAUUUUGUUUUUUGAAAAAUAUGCUCAUUCUGAAUUUGAUGUCAGCAACAUGUUUCAAAAAAGUUGGGACGGGGCAUGUUUACUGUUGUGUUGCAUCACCUCUACUUUUGACAACAUGCCUGUAAACAUUUGGGAACUGAGGAGACCAACUGCUGUAGUUUUGAAAGAGAAAUGUUGUCCCAUUCUCGCCUGAUAUAUAAUUUCAGUUGCUCAACAGUUCGGGGUCUGCUUUGUCGUAUUUCACACUUAUAUUGCGCCAAACGAGACGGGUCUGGACUGCAGGCAGGCCACUUUAGCACCUGGACUCUUUUACUACAAAGCUGUGCAGUUGUAAUAUAUGCAGAAUGCAGUUUGGCAUCGUCUUGCUGAAAGAAGGAAGGCCUUCCCUGAAAAAAGAAGUUAUCUAAAUGGCAGCAUCUUGCUUCAAAACCUGUAUAUAUCAUUCAGCAUUAAUGAUGUCUUCCCAAAUGUGGACUCUACCCAUGCCAUGUGCACUAAUGCCCCCUCAUACCAUCACAGGUGCUGGCUUUUGAACUGUGCACUGAUAACAAGCCGGAUGGUCCCUCUCCUCUUUAGCCUGGAGGACGUGGUGUCCAUGAUUUCCAAAAAUAAUUUUUACUUUUGAUUCAUCAGACCUCGGAACAAUUUUCCACUUCACCUCAGUCCAUCGUAAAAGAGCUCGAGCCCAAAGAAAGUGGCGGUGUUUCUGGAUAUUGUUUAUAUCUGGUUUUAACUUGCAUUUGUGGAUGCAGUAAUGAACUGUUUUCGCAGGUGAUGGUUUUCUGAAGUGUUCCUGAGCCUAUACAGUGAUUUCCACUACAGACACAUUUCUGCUUUUAAUGCAGUGUUGCCUGAGGACCUGAAGAUCACAGGCAUCCAAUGUCAGUUUUCAGCCUUGUCUCUUGCAUACAGAGAUUUAAAAAAAUUCAGAGAAUCUGGAAAAAUAUGUACCAUAGAUGAUGUGAUCCCCAAAUUCUUUACAAUUUUAUAUUGAGGAAUGUUAUUCUUAAAUUGUUGCACUGUUUGCCCACGCAGUCUUUCACAGACCGAUGAACCCCUUCCCAUCUUUGCAUCUGAGAGACUCUGCCUCUCUGGGAUGCUCUUUUUAUGCCCAAUCAUGUUACUGACCUGUUGCCACUUAACCAAAUUGGGUGGGGUUUUUCCACAUUGCACAACUUUUUGAGGAAAAACAAAAUUCAGUUUCAACAUUUUAUAUGUUUGUCUUUGUACUAUUUUCAAUUAAAUUUCUGGUUUCCAUGAUUUGCAAAUCUUCACGUUCUGUAUUUGUUUUACACAACGUCCCAACUUUUUUGGAAUUGGGGUUGUAGUUAUUGAUUGUCACUUGUUUUGAUUAUUUAACUACAAAUCAAGCAUUUUGGGUUGUUGUGCUCAAAUUUACACAUCUCAACCAGACCUGAAAUUUGCUUUGUUUUCUGGUCAGAUUUGACCACAUGCAACUUUAAUGAAUAAGGACCAUUAUGUGUAUUCAUGUGUUCACAUUGUUUUCUGUUUUUAUUUACUGUACAGCAUUUUGUGUCAAAUCUUUGAAACACUGAACUGCUUUUAUUGUUUAAGGCCUGCAUUUGUAAGUUAAAAUGGCAAACACAUGAGGAAAAUAUCACUAGGACCUUCAUGUAAGAUCACUGAAAGUUAUCUGUCUACCUCCGUCUGAUCCUUGUAGUUUUAGAUUCAAUAAAUUUUGAUUUGGAAUUGAUCAUA